AUGCCGAUCCAAAUAUUCGCACCGUCACCAGCAGCGCCUGCCGUCGCCCGGUCGCGCGACGAUUCGGACGACGAAAUGGACCUCGACACGUCCGACCACGCCGCCCGCUCAUCCACACGAUCNAAAAACAUCAUCACGCCCGGCGAAGUCAUCACCUCAGACCCGCAAUGGAUGCGCGGCCACGGUACCUACACAAACGACAAUGGAGACCUCGCUCCCAUCAUCCGCUCCACCCUCGCCGGCACAUUACAAAAGACCAACAAGCUGCUCUCGGUAGUGCCGCUGCGCGCACGCUAUACGCCAGAGAUUGGGGAUUUAGUUAUCGGUCGCAUUAUCGAGGUGCAGAGCAGGAGGUGGAAGGUCGAUGUUGCUGGUGCCUUGACGGCUGCCUUGCCGCUGAGCAGUAUCAACUUGCCUGGUGGUAUCUUGCGCAAGAGAACCAGCGUGGAUGAAUUAAACAUUCGCACCUUCUUUGAAGAGGGAGAGUUGCUGGUUGCAGAGGUGCAGAGUCUGUUCCAGGAUGGCUCUGCUUCGCUGCACACGCGUAGUUUGAAAUACGGCAAGCUGCGCAAUGGAUACUUUAUGGCUGUGAGUGGUGUUGGAGGCGGUGCUGGUGUCGUCAGAGCAAAGAGACAGAUCUUUACGCUUCAAACCUCGAGCAGAGGUGGAGAGGUCGACGUUAUCCUUGGUGUCAAUGGCUACAUCUGGAUCUCCAAGCACGUCGAGGCAGACAAGAACAAGGAUGUCAGCAUCACCAGGAUUGAAGAGCAAGUCAGCACCACCAUGUACUCGAGCCAGAACGACGACAUCAGCCCAGACACGAGGAAAGAGAUUGCCAGAGUUGCCGGAUGCAUCAGAGCACUGGCUGAAAACGGUGUCAAGGUCGAUGAAGAGAUGGUCCGCAGAGCAUACGACGCCAGUCUUGACCUCGAACAAGACGAGGGAGAAGAUGGCGCUGGCUUNCUGGGAGGAGAAAGAGGAAGACUCAUUGUCGAUAUGGCUCUGAGAGGCUCGGGAUGA